UUCAGACCUCCAGCGGCAGACUGGAUCCGUUUCCGAGCGGUAGCUUAGCCUGGCUCCGCCUAGAUGGUCUCAACAUCAACAUUUAUAAAUUUAUCCGUAUAAAACAGCACAGACAGAGUCAUGUCCGCUCAGAAGCGCCCCUUUGAGUCCAGCAGUUCAGGCCCUGCUGAGAAGCGGCGUGAGAAGGAUGGAGGAGAUGAAGGGGAAGGGCAAAGCGCAGGGGCAGCAGCCAGCACUGCUGUGGAGACGGUCAUCAAACUGGGAAGUGUUGCCAACUCGGAGGAGCAGGAUAUUAAAGCCCUGCAGGUGAAAAACAGAAAGCUGGGAGAGGCCCUGGACCAAAGACAGGUUAUUGAGGAUGAGUUGAGAGAAAGAGUAGAGCGGCUUGAGACUCGCCAGGCUACAGACGAUGCCAGUCUGCUUAUCCUCAACCGAUACUGGAACCAGUUAGAUGAUAAUAUGAGGUUGAUUGCUCGUGGCUAUGACCAAGCAGGGAGCGAGCCUGUUGACAGUCAACCUUCAGAGCCUCGGAGCUUAAAACCAGGAACACCAGAGCCAGAUGGGGACUCUAAUCAAGAGAGAGCAAAGGACCGAGGUCAGGGGGAAGGAGCAACCUCUUUUCUUGCCAUGUUGGCCAGUAGUACUAGUGAAGAAAUGGAGGCGGAGUUACAGGAGAGGGUGGAGUCUAGCCGAAAGCAGGCCAGUCGCGUGGUGGAAAUUUACGAGAGCCUAAAGAGCACUGUGGAUCAACUAAAGAAAAGUCUGGAAUCAGGUACAGAGGGUAAUGCUGCUCUCUGGGAAGUUGCUGCCAGCCUAAACACUCUCCUGUCCAACGAGAAUGAGCAUCUUCGCCAGCUGACAGAUGAUCUUAUGCAGAAACACAGUCACAUGACAAGUGAGUCGCGUUCCCUGGGCCGAGCUGCCACUCGCGCUGAAAAUAGAAUAAAUGAGCUGCAAGUGCUUAUAGAGGAACUUCAGUGGGACACGGAGAAAGUCCGCCGCCGGGAAAACCGUCUCAACACACACCUAGGAGAGGUGCUGGAGAGAGUGAACAGUAAAGGCUACAAGGUGUGUGGGGAGGCCAGCAGUGUAUGUGGGACCAUCACUAUUAAUAAAAGAAAGUUUGAGGAGAUGAACAGUGAGUUGGAGGAGAACAGGGAGCUAGCAGAGAAUCGGCUCAGUGAGCUACAGAAGCUACAGCAGGACCUGCAAACAGUUGUCCAAGAAAACAAUAACAUGAAGAUGGAGCUUCUGUCCAGAGCAGAGGGACUUGUGAGGGAAACUGCAGAGUAUCGAUGUCUACAGUCACAGUUUUCUGUGCUUUAUAAUGAAUCUCUGGUGUUGAAGGCCCAGCUGGAUGAGACCAGAGCUCGUCUCAACACAACCAGAGCAGCCCGGCUCAGGCAACUUGACCACAUGGAGAAUGAUGAGGUGUCAUUACAACGCAAGGUUCGUACUGAGGUGAUUCAGCUGGAGGACACACUGGCUCAGGUGCGAAAGGAGUAUGAGAUGCUCAGGAUUGAGUUUGAGCAAACCCUCGCCGCCAACGAGCAAGCAGGACCAAUAAAUCGGGAGAUGCGUCACUUGAUCAGCACCCUGCAGACUCACAACCAGCAAAUGAAGGGAGAGGUGGUCAAAUAUAAAGUCAGAUUAAGAGAAUCCCAGCAAGACCUUAAUCAGCAUCGUGCUGCAAAGGGUAAUCCCACCGUCCAGUCACAGUCCAGCACAGAGAUGGAUAUAAAAGAAGAGCCCACUUCUGCUGAGAACCCCACAUCUGCUGAUGCCACUGUAAAGGCAGGGCCAGAUAAUGGUUCUGCAACACCAACUGCAGUAACAGUGAAGACUGAACCUGGAACAGAGCUAGAUGCAACAGUGAAGGAGGAAGAGGAGAAGAAGGAGAAAGAAAAGGAAAAAGAGGAGAAGAAGGAGAAAGAAAAAGAGAAAGAGAAAGAACCGAAAGAAAGAGAACGGCCAUCCCGUAGUAGUGUAAGUGCAGCAGUCAAAGAGGAGAAAGAGAAGCCGAGCACAAGCAGUAGUCAGUCAGAAGACCCUCCAGCUGAACGGAGUGCAGUGGUUGGAGGACCCAAACGUAAGGAGGUGGAGCAACUGAAAAUUGUCAGGGCAGAGCUGAAAAAAGCCCAGGAAUCUCAGAGAGAGAUGAAGCUCUUGCUGGAUAUGUAUCGGUCGGCACCGAAAGAGCAGAGGGACAAAGUGCAACUCAUGGCUGCAGAGAAAAAGAGCAAGGCUGAGGGAGAGGAGCUACGGCAGCGUUUGCGAGACCUUGAGGAGAGAGAGAGGAGGGAAGGGAAGAAGAUGGCAGAUGAGGAGGCUCUAAGAAAGAUCCGCUCAGUGGAGGAACAGAUCGACAUCCUCAACAAGAAACUGUCCCUUGCCAAGCAGGAGGAGGAUGCCUUGCUGAGUGAGAUGGAUGUCACCGGGCAGGCCUUUGAGGAUAUGCAGGAGCAGAACAUUCGCCUGAUGCAGCAGCUCAGAGAGAAGGACGAUGCUAACUUCAAACUGAUGAGCGAGCGCAUCAAAUCCAACCAGAUCCAUAAGCUGCUGAAGGAAGAAAAAGAGGAGCUGGCUGACCAACUGCUCACACUCAAAACCCAGGUGGAUGCUCAGCUGCAGGUUGUAAGGAAGCUGGAGGAGAAAGAGCGACUCCUGCAGGGCACAAUUAGUGCUGCAGAGAGAGAGCUGGGCUUGCGCACACAAGCCCUAGACAUGAACAAACGAAAGGCUCAGGAUUCUGCUUUGCUGUCAGAAGAGGUGCGGUCUCAGCUUGAGGGAGUGCAACAAAGACUGAAUGCAGUCAGAGAAGAGGUGAUAGAGAACAGCAUCUCUAGGGAGAAAGAAUCCUUUAAUGCCCGCCGUGCACAGGAGGACAUAUCCAAACUUCGCAGGAAAAUUGAAAAGGCCAAGAAACCUGCUGAAAACAUUCGCAAUGGAGAUGAGAUACUUAACGAGGAAAUUAACGAAUAUAAGGCUCGGUUAACGUGCCCAUGCUGCAACUCACGUGUGAAGGAUGCCGUUUUGACAAAGUGCUUCCAUGUCUUCUGUUUCGAGUGUGUAAAGACACGGUACGACACUCGCCAGAGAAAAUGUCCUAAGUGCAAUGCAGCCUUCGGCGCCAACGACUUCCACCGAAUCUACAUUGGAUAGGGUGACUGUCCGUCCACCACAUGCAUUGCAAAGCUUACUGGUCCGCUGCACCUACAUUGUUUCUGUCUGACUGGAGUGGCAUUCUUUAGAAGUUAGACGGAUUUGCUGUGAAGGGUGCUCUGUUUCAGAGGUUUUUUAUUUGCUACAAAAAAACACCAUCAGCUGAAACGCUAAAACUCUACAUUCCAUCCCAUUUUCAGAUUAUAAAGCAUUGUAUCUGGGAACAGACCAUUACCGACUUAUCAUAGUGUCCAAAACUGCUGCCUGCUGCUUGUAUUGAGGAAUUGAGGAGUAUUUGUUGGCUUCCUUCUGGCUGGAACUGCUCCAACUUGCCAUCGCUCUACUCCAUUCCACCUUAACUGGUUUUGCGGUUUUGCUUCAUAGCCUGCAGUACAACUGGGGCUUGGUAUCUCAGUCAACAUUGUUAGUGGUAGUCCUGAAGAACUGCCUAAGUAAUUAAUUUGCAGUCAAAGAACAUUUGUAUACUUGUACUGUUUUUUUUUCUUACUUUUUUAUUUUAUUUUCAAAACUGCCUAGUUAUGAUUGUUGAGUAAUUGCUAUGUUGCAAUUCAUCAAUAAAAGUGCUGUCCAACUGUG